AUGGCUUUAGAUUGCCACUUUGCAGAAGCUCUGUGCUUGGGUAUUGGUGCGUAUCGGCACGAAAAGUGCCUGCCGCAAGCAGCAGCGGAUGCUGAAAACAUGGCAACCGCAUUCAGAGACUUGGGAUGUUGCCAUGUUUCAGUUGAAACCAAUCAGGAGCUUUUGACCAGGCAAAAGGCGGUGGAACUCGUGUCUGAUUUCGUUCAGCGGGCAAAGAUCCAAAUACAGGAAGCAACGACUGCGAGGCUGCCAUUUCUAGCAGCAGUUUUCGUGGCAUCGCAUGGAAUCCAUGCACAUGGCAAAGAAUUGCCGCUGGUUGUGCCAUCAGACCGCACAUGUUGCUCCGAGACACAGCAGCUGGUCGACUUGAAUGAGCUCUUGUUGAACGAUCUCACACAGGUAAGGCUUCCAAGAACCAAUCGACGCCCUUGCUGCAUUUGGAUCAUUAUGGAUACCUGCCGAUCAGGGCCCAUCACUUCUUGGCAGGCCCGUUCAGAUUGCAAGCGUAUUGAACGCAGUGCAGAUAGUGCGGGGUAUCGAGGUCCGUAUUCCUGCCAGACCGACCUCACACCUGAUUUCCUCUUCGUGCUGGCAUGUGAUCCGGGUGGCUGGGCAUCGGAUUCAAAUAGCUUGUCUUCGAUUCUCGUGAAAUCUUUGGAGCAAGAUGGUGUCAGCAUCAGGGAUGCGUGUGAAGGUGCCAUUGAAGUAGUUCAACAAGCCUCGCGUGGUCAUCAGAGGCCUUGGAUGAUUCAGCGUGGAGGCAAGAUCUUUUCGCAAAUUCGCACUAAACCUCCGCAGGUGCAGCCCGAAGUCGUAGAUCCGCUUGAAGCGGAGUGUGUGCCACAUUGGGUUCAAGUCGCCUUUGCUCGGAUUCUUGGAUUGACAACCGCGCUGCUUUUUCUGCUAUGCUUCUUUGGCCUUUCCUUCAGUUUAAAGAUACUCGUAGAACGAGCUGAACAUGUGGUACGUGGCGAGGCUUGCCCUAGCAAUUCCUGUUUUUGCACAGAUUGCCAUCAUCGAGACAUCAACAGCAACGAUUCCCGAGAUCCAACGCGCUUCAAUUGCCAGUUGUGGGAUGAGGGAUUUACCUUGAAUCGAUGUCGUAUUGCCCGGUUUCUGCAGGUGACCAAGAUUAGUUUGGCUCUGGUCAUAUCGCGAAAGUCCUGGUGUUGGCUGCUGGGGCUUGUGCCUCGCGAGGGAGCAACACCACUUGACCUGUGUGUGAUUCUUAUUGCAGUUGUCAACGUGCUUACUUCACUCCAGCUUCCCCUGCAGGAUGAAGAUUAUUCUACCGUGAUUGCCUUUUCGUACGGAAUCAAUGACUUUGCAUUUAUCUCUGCUUCAAUUUCCAUGCUGGUGCUGGUCCAUACAGAAUUUCGAAGAGUUUUGCGGUGGAGCCGCGGGCCGAUUGUUUCAAACUUUACAGCAUUUUUUCUCGUGACUGCGCUGAUUGGACAAGGUAUGAUAUUCGCUUGGUCUCAUGCCAUUGAACUCAUCAGUGCAGAGCACACCACCAAGCGGCAAAUGUUGUUCUACGCAUUUCAUGUCUUUACAGGAGCAACGACGGCGGCAGUUGGAUUCACUCUGUCCAGAGGGAACGAGGGGCCUGUUGCCCGCAAAUCCUUCGAGUUGCUGUGCGUAUCGCUUUGUUGGAUGGUUGUGGUCCUGGCCUGGCUCAUCACAAGCCACUGGGAUAAGGAGCUGAUGGCGCAAAGUGACCUGGUCUUCGUGGUUGCAGAAAGGGCAUGCAGUUUUUGGAAGCUCCGUUUGAUGGUGUGGUUCUCCGAGCACAGCAUACGAGGUCGUUUUCCUGGUGCAGCUCCAUGCAGGAUGCGGGCAGCCAAAGUCGCACGGGCAAUCAUUGUCAGCCCGAGAGAGCGCGCAUCACCUGGGUGA